GUGGAAGCAUGGCAGAUGCGGAGUUACAAACCUUUACCUCUAUCAUGGAUGCGCUGGUUCGCAUUAGUUCCAACAUGAAGAGUAUGGAACAGGAGCUGCAUUGCCCGGUGUGUGAUGAGAUGGUGAAGCAGCCCAUCCUUCUGCCAUGCCAGCACAGUGUGUGUCUGCUGUGUGCGGCUGAGGUGUUGGUACAGAGAGGUUAUCCUCCUCCAGACCUCCCUCCAGAGCCCAACUCACCGGCCUCCACACCCAACACUCGCUCCCCGCGACAGGCACGCAGACCCACACCAAGGACCCCUGACCGCCUGGAACGGGUCCUCAAAACAGGUAGCCAUUACAUCUGUGUCCUUCUCCCAGUGUGUGGGACAUAUCCAGGGCGGAGGCGGAGGGACACGGCCACUCCCCCCAUGUUGUUCCCAUGUCCUUCCUGCCAGCAGGACGUGGAGCUGGGAGAAAAAGGCCUGACAGACUGCCUCCGCAACCUCACUCUGGAGCGCAUUGUGGAGAGGUACAGGCACACAGUAAGUCUGGGCAGCGUCGCCAUCAUGUGUGGUUUCUGUAAGCCUCCCCAGUCUCUGGAGGCCACUAAAGGCUGCGCUGACUGCAAGUCCAACUUCUGCAAUGAGUGUUUCAAACUCUACCACCCCUGGGGAACACCCCGAGCUCAGCACGAACACAUUCUACCCACAAACAACUUUAGGCCAAAGGUCCUAGUGUGCUCAGACCAUGAGCAAGAGAGACUGCAGUGGUACUGCCGUAACUGCCAGAGGCUGCUGUGCCCACUGUGCAAGCUUCGACGUGUCCACCAUGGACACAAAGUGUUACCGAUAGCACAGGCCUACCAGGCCCUCAAGGACAAGGUCACCAAGGAAGUCAACUUCAUCCUGGCCAAUCAGGACAUAAUACAGAGCCAGAUCACACAACUGGAAGCUGCCAUCAAACAGAUGGAGGCUAACAGCGCAGCAGCUCUGCAGCAGCUGACCCACUGUAUCCGGGAGCUGGGAGCGGCUGUAGCCGAGCGUCAGACGGCUUUGGUCCUGGCCCUGGAGGGAUCUCGCAGCAGGAGGGAGGAGGCCCUGUCUGCUCAGGUCUCUGAGAGGCGUGGGCUGCUGGAACACGCAGGUCUGAUGGCCUACACACAGGAGCUGCUCAAAGAGACCGAUGCACCCUGCUUCGUGCAGGCUGCCAGAAUCACUCACAACAGGCUGGUGAAGGCCAUAGAAAACCUGCAGUGUUUCUCUCUCGCUGCCGAUCCCUCCUUCAGACAUUUUCACUUGGACGCAUCCAAAGAGGUGAAGCUCAUCAACAGCUUGGAGUUCAUACGUGCCCCACUGGCUCCAGUCAUUGACACUCAGAAGACAUUAGCCUAUGACCAGCUCUUUUUGUGCUGGCGCCUCCCUCAGGACUCGGCCCCGGCGUGGCACUUCUCUGUUGAAUACCAGCGACGAGCAGGAGGAGCUGGAGCGGCGUGGGGCGGCACCAGAUCCCCCAACUCUUUGAUAGCAUGGCUGCGUCUGGAUGAAGUGAGAGGGAUCAGUGCCGUGAUUGAUCGACUGCAGAUGGACAGUGUGUAUGUGCUCAGGGUGAGAGGAUGUAACAAGGCCGGGUUUGGAGAGUACAGUGAAGAGGUGUACCUCCACACUCCACCGGCACCUGUGUUGAGUUUCUCCUUGGACUCUCGCUGGGGUUUGCAUGCUGACAGGCUGGCACUGGGUAAAGGCCAAACCUACGCCCGCAGCGUGCCAGGCCUCGCCCUCCUGCAGGCUGCUGAUCGCACGCUCACCUCUUGCCACUUGACUUCUGACCUGCUGGUGGCCGACCUGGCUGUCACUCAAGGCAGACACUACUGGGCAUGCUCUGUGGAGCCUGGGUCCUACCUGGUAAAGGUGGGAGUAGGGCAGGAGACUAAGCUACAAGAGUGGUUCCAUCUCCCUCAGGACAUGGCCAGCCCUCGCUGUGACCCAGACAGUGGUCAUGACAGCGGGGCGGAGGACGGCCAGGACUCCCCUCCCUUCUGCUUCCUCACCAUGGGCAUGGGCAAGAUCCUGCUUCCUCAAGGACAUGGUCACAGUCAGAGCCAGGGGGACAGCCAGAGCCAUGGAGGAGUCCACUCCCACAGCAGCAGCCACAGUAACCUGCCUCACCCUCAUACUGCUCCUCUGCCUCCCCGACUAGGAGUGUGUCUGGACUGUGAUAAAGGACGAGUCACCUUCUAUGAUGCCCACUCGUUGCGGAUCCUGUGGGAGGGACACGUGGAUUGCUCAGCUCCAGUGUGUCCGGCCUUCUGCUUCAUCGGCGGAGGAGCGCUGCAGCUGCAGGAUCUCGUGGCCAAUCGGAGCAUUGAGGAGCCGCCGCCUCGGAGGGUAACCAUCCAAACACGAGCAACAAAUCUGAGUAAAUAAAUGAGGAGACAGUUCACUCACAGAUCAAAGUUUGUCUCAUGUCUCUAGAGUUAAAGGUGGUUUAUAUUCAC